AUGAGUACGCCGGAUAGUAAUAAAAAACCAAAAAAAAAUUUUGCAAAGCUAAAAUCUAUUUCGUUUGAUCCUGAUGACGAUGGUUCGAUGCGUCUAUCAUUUAAAUAUUCGGAUGGAUGCAAGCAUGAAAUCAUCUUAGAACCUCACACAGAUGUGUUCUUUGAUAAAAUGCUUAAUAAUAAUGCGGCCGGUACGCCAGAAAAUUUCUCAUAUUUUGAUUUAGAAUCUUUUAUGAAGUCAAAUCCAUCAGAGAUGGCCUCAAACUCCAAUGUGAAUUUUACCACUCCACAAUAUCCAUCUCUAUCUGGUUUGCCCAUUACAACGUCUUCAAAAUCUUCCGCCAGAAAAUUCCUCAAUUUUUGGGUCAGAAAAUUUUAUGGAGACAAAUCCAAUUACUGGUGA